AGACGAGGCAACGAUAAGCUGCCACUCCGCAGAGCGCUCGGGCCUUUGUAAAAAUCAAGCACGGGCCCUUAAUUUCGUCGGCUCACUGGUGUUUUGGUAUAUGAGGCCGGUGUCUUCAUCGGAUUCGGUAUCCCAAGAACGAAAAGUAUGUCUCUUGUUGUGAGAAGACACAAGAAUAUGUCUCAGACGAGACCACUGACACUCCGCCUGCCACCUGUCAAUUAUCGCAGCAUCCUGCGCACAUUGCCAGCAACGGAGCCAUGGCGACAGGAGCUAGACCUCGACAGGGAAGAACGCGACGCUCGUGGUGGGACUCAACUCAUCAAGGAAAUUCUUCGAUGGCUGUUACUUGCUCAACGGCCACUGACCAUGUCUGAGCUAAGGCAUUUUGUUCAGUUCAGCUUCACCUCUGAUGGUCUUCGCCUGCGACCUGGUGCAGUUGAAGACCUCGAGACGUUCCUCGUCACGCACUUUCCUGCAAGUGUUGACAUUAGAAUGUUGCCCAUGUCCUUUGCUGUACCAGGCCCCUGUGGUCAUGUCCGCUGGCAAACAAGCCUCCGACAAACUGCCAUCUUGCGGACAGAUGCUAUUCGUGCCUAUCUUGCCAAUCUACCAGUCUCUCAUUAUCUGUACAUGCAACCUCGAGACUCACAUUAUCGCAUCACAGAGAUAUGUUUGAGAUACAUGGCACAAGUUCCUGGCGCACAAAAUCUUGAAGAACAAGCAACGAUGCAGCUUUGCGCAGAUCAGCCAUUGCUCAAAUAUAUUCUGGAUCAUUGGUGUCGCCACGCCAGUCUCAUUUCGUCCGAGGCGCUCAUUCAUACGCUCGCUGCCUCACCUAUGCUGAAGCAUGAACGGAUUGUUGCGCGUGCAGGCAGGUUGCUUCCGUAUGCGGCUCGAUACGGCCAUCUAUUACUUGUUCAGAAGCUUCUGACUGUUGCCAUGAUUCAUCCAGAUACAAGAGAACUGGGCGAGCGCUCCCACACUGCAUUAUCGCUCGCGUCGUGCAAUAAUCACAAAGAGGUCGUCAAGCUCAUACUGGCGCACCCACUUGCAACGCUUGACUUGCGUGUCCUUGGCGAUUAUACCGCGCUUCACCUGUCCAUUAUGUUUGAGAACUUUGGCAUUGCAAGAUUACUUCUUCGUCGAGGGGCGUCACAGACGUUGUCAGAAGAGCACGGCUGGGCUGCUGCGAAUCUCUUGCUGCGAACGACGGGUGCACGGAAGGUGACACAUGGUCUGGGUUGUCAACAAACUGCUGGUGCAGGGCCUCGUUCCUUUGAGUCGUAUCAAAAUGAGCUCAAAUAUACGGUGGAUGUAUUGCUUGCAACGAAACCGUAUGAUUCUGCAUUGAUUUUGACAGCGCAAGAUAUUGAUACAGCGGAUGAGAAUGGGAAUUCAGCUUUUGUUGAGCAGAUGCUGCUCGAGCAUCGUGGCAAGUUGCUGAUUGAGUCGCCGCCGAAAUCGCCAGCUGGGUCGGAAGAUGGUCAGCGGAGUCCCAAAUCGGAGGCCAAAUCGAACGUGUGGUAUGAUGAUGAUGAUGAGGAAGAGGAGGAGGACUGGAAUCUCAAGAAGCCGGCGAGUUUCUGUACAAUCAAGCGAAAGCCAGCCUGCUGUAUUGUCAUGUAAAGCGUAGUCAACAUUCGUGACCCCUGCAGCUUCAUUCUCA